AUGUGGGGACAGCAUUUCGCUAGAAGUUUAUUAUUACUGUUCCAGGUGUUUCAUUUUGUGGACUUUGGCCGUGGUUCACCAACAGUUCGGUUGCAUUUGGAAGAGAAUCGCAUUUCACAAAAUAAUGAUUCGGAAUAUGUGGCGGGUAUUAUGCGUUUGGCCAAAUCGGCAGAGAUGCGGAAUUACAUGAAAGCGGAUGAAGAUGUUUGUGAAAAUUACUAUGAAUAUGCUUGUGGCAAUUGGCCACGUCUUAAUCCAGCCGAGACGACUGCCAGUCGAAAAACGUCGAUAAUUGAUUUGUUGGAGACGACCUACAAACAAAGGCAAUUAAGGUUACUGAUGGAGGGUUGGGAGGAUGAGGAGAAAGAGGAGGAUGAAAUUGCUGAAGAAUAUCCAGUGGAUAGUGGCAAUGCUGAGGCUGUGAAAAAAGUGAAGGACUUCUAUAAAUCCUGCCGUAAAAUGAGCAUGGCAAAGAAACCUCAGGUGGUAAAGGAAAUGCGUGAAAUAAUUGCAGAAUUUGGUGAAAUGCCGGCAUUGUUGGGACCCGAACAAGAGUGGGAAGGGGAAGAGGAAUUUAAUGUCUUCAAAUUAUUGGGUUCGAUACAGCAUCGCUAUGGUUUUGAUAUUAUUAUACAAUUGGGUUUACGGCCCGAUUUUGAUAACUCCUCGUUGCAUUCUCUGUUUGUCGGCCAACCUGCCCUGAAGUUACGUACCAAAAGUGUCUACCAGGGUAUGGCAACACAACGUUUACGUGAAGAAUAUCAGAAGGGGAUACAGGAUAAUUUAAUUGAUUUCCUUGAUAUGACGCCGGAAAGGGCCUAUCUCGUGGCCAAGGGUAUAUUGGAAUUUGAAAUCCAAUUAUCCGAGGGUCUAAUGGAUUUACAUACUGAAAAAACUUUACAAGCAGCCUCCAUAAAACGAACCCCUGAAGAGUUGGAAUCUUUCUAUGGUGAAAAUAUGAAUUUUCUAACAUUUUUGGAAACCACUUUGGGUUACCCUUUAAAUGUUACCUGUUAUGAAUAUAGUCUGCAUUAUCAUGAGGUUCUACGCAGGGUAUUGCAGUCAACACCCAAAGCCCAGGUUGCCAAUUAUAUUAUGUAUAAAUUGGUUGAGCCCUUCUUUAUGGCCUAUGAUCGUUCCUUUGCCGCCCUGGAGGAAAUGUGUCUGGAGAAGACAAAAAAAUUCUAUCAUCAUGUUUUGGACUAUAUGGUCUACAAGAGUUAUGAUACGCUGUUGAUGCAGCAUGACAUCGUGACAAUUUGGCGUGAGGUGAAGCAGACAUUCCGUCAACAAAUGGAUACCACCCGUAUGGAUUGGUUAAGUGAACAGUCCCGCAAACGGGCCUUGGAAAAAUUAGAUAUGCUUAAUUUACACAUUAAUUCCAAUGAGAAAAGGAACUUUACUUCCGAAUAUCGGCUUCUGAAGAUCAAUGAAGGCAACUACAUUGAAAAUCUAAAAGAAAUUAAUAAUUUGCGGGUGAUUAAGUUUUUGGAGCAGUUAAGUAAUCCAGGGAAAUUGGAAUUGCCCACACCCCAGUUGGGUUAUUCACCGGUCUUUGUUCGUGAAGAAAAUCUCAUCAUAAUACCCGUAUCUCUGCUGCAACCAAAUUAUCUAUGGUCCAGUUAUUAUCCUCAGGCUUUGAAAUUUGGCACCUUGGGGUUCCUGUUGGCUCAUGAGCUAUUACACGGGUUUGAUGAUAUUGGCACUUUAGCACAUUCACACAGCAACAUCAAUUCCUCCAAUAUGACCACGACCACCUGGUGGGAUGACGUUUCCCUCAAGGCUUUCAAGCACAAAAAAUCAUGCUUUAAAAAUCAAUAUGCCCACUUCCGUUAUAAUGGCAAAUAUUUACCCAUGUCCGAUAUGCAAGCCGAGAAUAUAGCCGAUAAUGGUGCCAUACAAAUAGCCUAUAAAUCCUAUAUACGUUGGCUGAAUCAACAGACCCUCGAGUCGCUGGACGAACUGCUACCCAAUAUGAAACUGAACAAUAAGAAGUUAUUUUUCCUUAGCUUUGCCCAAUUCUUUUGUGUCGAUGUUGAUGAAAUAAUGAAGGAUAAAGUAUCGCUAUUGGAUGUCCAUGCCCCUGCAAAAUUUCGUGUCAUCGGACCUUUGGCAAAUUUCCCCGAAUUUGCCAAGGUAUUUAAAUGUCCACAAGGUUCGACCAUGAAUCCAGUUAAACGUUGUGAAAUUUAUUAA